AUGCUAGACUCCUUGGUCCGUGUUUCAAGACGGGUCCUGCGAGUGCCCGAAACUGAAUCAUCGCAGACGGAGACGCGCACGGUCCGAGACUGCACGGCUGCAACGACAGGCGCGCCGCGCCGAAGUCCGCACAUAGGCAGGACCUCGACGGCGACGUUACCUUGCGUCGGGCCGGACGCGCCGAAGGCGCGUGCGCGAUUCACGAUCGAUACCGUCCGACGGCCGGUCGGCGUCCACAACGGUCCGACUGCCAACUCCGAAGAGGUGACAAUCGGGCUCCCGAACGGAACGCUUAGACCGACAUCGAACGGGUCGCGAUGCAUUACUAAGAGAGAAGUGCACGCCGUCCCCGUACGUCGAAACGAACACGCACCGUGCGACACGGCCGAGACCGAUCACAUCGAGUGA